AGACACUGGUUUUGAAAAUGACAUCCUCGGGAGGGCUGGGGACUUUCCAGUGACACCCCCUCAUAAGGUCUGGGAGAGAGAGCAAAGACUCGUCCCCAUGGAGGGCAGCGGGGCUGUGGGAGAGCACUUCAAAAGAGAUGGUUCAACUUGGCAUUGAGUGGUGGGGUGGGGGGACAGGAGACCCCAGGGAGGGUGCGCAGAGGGAAGAGUGGCCAGGUGACCUGGGAUCACUGCAAGGAGACAGAGCUGGGGCCAGGCAGCCUGCAGGGUGGAGGAGCCUGCAGGGUGCGGGAGGGCAGGUGGGAGGAUAAGGCGUCCUUGGCCAGUGUCCCUUCCCAUGCCCUCUGCAGACGGCUGCUGCCCUUCAAGCGGGAUGAGGCUGCGGGACCCACAGGCACUGGCUGGGGUCAGGACGCCUGGCCUCGUUCCCACCAAUGGGCCGCAGGUCUCACCUGAACAGACCUCUGUCCCGCUGGCCUGGCUCCUCCGACUGUGGUGGCCUUGGACGCCCCACUCGAGCAUCCUCGGAGCCCAGCAAGGCCCAAGCCCAGGUCACCGUGCCCCUGACCCUCGCACGCCAGCCCCGGCAUCAAUUCUGGGCAAGCAAUUAUCUGGAUCAUCUUUAUGGGGCUUAAGCUCGGGUGGGAGCAGAUGGGGCAUGAGCUGGGGAUUUGGGGCUGGCGAGGGUGUCCGCUCCCCCCCACGUCCCGGUCAUUUAAAAGGCCCUCUCUGGCGCCGGGCCGGGGCAGAGGCCAGCAGAUAGGUGGACGGAGUCCAGGGACAAUGACGGACCAGGAGGACAAGGCAGAGGAGGAAGGCUCGGCCCCCUCGGCCGAGGCGGGCUCCCCAGAGGAAGAGGGCUUCUUCAACCUGCUGAGCCACGUGCAGGGCGACCGGAUGGAGGGACAGCGCUGCUCGCUGCAAGUCGGGCCAGGCCAGACCGCUGACAGUAAGCAGGGUGGCCCCACGCCCGAGAUGGACAGUCUCAUGGACAUGCUGGCCAGCACCCAGGGCCGUCGCAUGGAUGACCAGCGUGUAACAGUCAGCACCCUGCCGGGCUUCCAGCCCGUGGGUCCCAAGGACGGGGUGCAGAAACGAGCGGGGACCCUCAGCCCCCAACCCCUCCUCGCUCCUCAGGACCCGGCUGCUCUCAACUUCCGCCGUAACAGCAGCCCCCAGCCCCAGACGCAAGCCCCGUGAGGGCCUGAUUGGUCCUGGGCCCCAC